GUGGUCGACGGGCGUAACCAACACGGCUCGGAGCGGAGACAGACGUCUUGGCGUGCGGAAUUGGACGUGUGGCGUGACAAGAGGUCGAAAUGCGCGACGGUCGCGCGCGCAACGCGUGACACGCGAGAGCGCUGCUGUAUGGAACUGUGCACGUGCAACGAAGACUUGAAGGCACCACUUUCUGCUGCGCUUCAAAGCAGCAGUGACGGGGCUCACUCGCCCGCGAAGAGACGUCCGCUUAAGGAAGGAACUUCCCAUUUAAAGUCAAGUGAAGACCACACAUACCCUCCUGCGUGCUGACGUGAUGGCAGGACUGGACUCCGCUCACAGCAAACGGGGUUCUUCGAAUGCCUGCAGCCCCCCGGAUGACCGCAGCGUCCCCGCGUGGACCGCAUCCCCUUCAGAUGCCGGCCUGCCUGAGGUCCUUUCUCCUCCUCCUCAUCCUCACCAGGAGGCUGUCCAGCCAGGCGCCCUGGACUCCGGCACUUUAAGGUUCCACUGUCCCUAUCAGCUGACCUACUCAGGAUUCCUCCAGGAGCCACAACCCAGUCAGUAUCACCUCCUCACUGCCCCGGCGCCUGGUCCGUGGUUUCAGGAGGGAAUGACUGAAUUCACAUCCCACGUCACGCAGCCCGGCUUCUGUGAUGCUGCUGGGGAUGGAGGGGGGCUGCUGCUUAACCCCUGCGAGCAAAUGCCUGUAUAUCACACCCUGACCUCCACUCAAAGGAAAGGUGACGUAGAAGAUAUGAGAGCGUUGGGGAUUCCCAGCCUGCAGACGAGAUGUUCCCUGUAUGAGGAGAACCGAGAUGAGCCGCCUCAAGCCCCUCCAGCACGAAGCGCUGGCACUUUGUGUGAGAUCAAAUCCAGGAAACCCUGCCACUGCACCCGAUCCCAGUGCCUCAAACUAUACUGCGAGUGUUUCUCCAAUGGAGUGAUGUGCAGAAACUGUGACUGCUCCAACUGCCACAACGAUGCAGAGCAUGAAGCGAAGCGCCUCCAGGCGAUUAUGUCGUGUUUAGGUCGUAACCCGGAUGCCUUCAGGUCGAAGACGACCGGCGGGAUGAAAGCAGGAGACAAAGGCUGCUGCUGCAAACGCUCCGGCUGCCUCAAGAACUACUGCGAGUGCUACGAGGCCAACAUCAUGUGCACCUCCAGCUGCAAGUGUCUCGGCUGCAGAAACUACGAGGAGGCGUCCGACGUGGCGCCCCGAGAGAAGAACGCCGACGUCGGCAGCAAGAAGGGGCUCGCCCGUCCCGCGUGUGCGCUCAGAUCGCCUGAGUCGGUGAUCACUGCGGCCGUGGUGGAGGCCGUGUGCGGCUGCCUGCUGGCCAGGGCUGAGGAGGCGGAGGGCGAGGCCCGGGGCGGCGUGCAGGGCGAGCUGCGGGUGCUGGAGGAGUUCGGACACUGUCUCGCACAGAUCGUUCAGGCCGCGUUUAAGAGCGACGAGCACUAAAGAGCCGAGCAAAGACACAACAGCUUCAUUUUAGAAUAUUCACUUUAUUCAAUGGGUUUAAUAUUUUUACACUGUUCUGAGAAAUGUCAAACUCAGGUUCAUAUUGAUGUUCUCCUGAUGGAGGCAAUGUCUGAUCUAUGUUUUUCUCCACUUUAAGUCUCUGGAGUGUGAACAAUAUGUAGUAAUAAUUCUGCUUACAGUUUGAAUUUUCAGAUUUUGUUUGUGUUGUUGUUGAUAAAUUAUAUUUUGUGUACUUUAAAAUGCUUCUCCGUGCUGUUUGGGAGAUCGUAUCUGUUGAGAAAAACAUUAAACUCUUUAUUUUCCCUAAUUUUGAUGUAUGCUGUCUUGAAUAUACUGCAAUCUGGAAACUAACCGUCACAACCGAUGUUUUUAUUAGUGUGUAAUCGUUCGAUGGCUUAAAAUGAGUUGUUAAAAUCUAGAUUUUGUAGAAGAGUCGUCCACUAAACAGCAGUUUGCAGGUUUCAUCCCCAGACUGCUGGACACCGAACCCCAAAUUGCUCCUGAUGGUGGUGCCAUCUGCGUUUGAAUGGACGUGUGUAUUAUUUUCAAACCUGUUGCUUAUCAAGU